CACCGGGCGCGGCGGCUGUCUGGCCACGUCCCCGGGCCACGUCGCUGGUGCCCGCUGAGCUUUCGCCAUCUUCGCUCCCCGGCUCCGGGCUGCGCCGCCGCCUCUGCCGCCAUGAACAUCUUCCGCCUCACCGGGGACUUGUCCCACCUGGCGGCCAUCAUCAUCCUGCUGCUCAAGAUCUGGAAGAGCCGCUCCUGCGCGGGUAUUUCUGGGAAAAGCCAGCUUCUGUUUGCACUGGUCUUCACUACCCGUUAUCUGGACCUCUUCACUUCAUUCAUUUCAUUGUAUAACACAUCUAUGAAGCUUAUCUACAUUGCUUGCUCAUAUGCCACUGUGUAUCUGAUCUACAUGAAAUUCAAGGCCACCUAUGAUGGAAACCAUGAUACAUUCAGAGUGGAGUUCCUGAUAGUUCCUGUUGGUGGACUCUCAUUUCUUGUCAAUCAUGACUUCUCUCCUCUGGAGAUACUCUGGACCUUCUCCAUCUACCUGGAAUCGGUUGCUAUUCUCCCUCAACUUUUUAUGAUCAGCAAAACUGGGGAAGCAGAGACCAUCACUACUCACUAUCUUUUCUUCUUGGGUCUGUACCGUGCCUUGUACUUAGUCAACUGGAUUUGGCGCUACUAUUUUGAGGGAUUUUUUGACCUCAUAGCAGUUGUUGCUGGUGUGGUCCAGACCGUUCUUUACUGUGACUUCUUCUAUUUGUAUGUUACAAAAGUACUCAAGGGAAAGAAGCUCAGUUUGCCAGCGUAAGUGCCAAAAAACCAUCAGCAGCAUCUGUCCUUUGGGAUGCUUGGACAGAACAAUCCUUAUCACAAGCAAAGGCGAAGAUGCUUGAGACAGAAAGUCAGAAACACAGCUCUUGAUAGUGCAGGUAGUCAUCAGCGGCUCUGUAAGAACGGAGGAAGAACAACCAGCAGAUUUCUGUUUGAUGCAUCUUGCCUUUAUCUUUUUUAUUACUAUGUAUAAAGAUUUUUUACAUAAAGAAACUUAUACUGUAUUAAUAAAUUCAGUGUAUGGUUUCAAUUGGAAUAGUUCCAAAAGUGAGAUUUUUGUGAGAUUGUUUAUGACCAGGAACAAGUGCAAACUUUUUUUUUUAAUUUUCAAGAAUUUCUUUGAAAUGACUGAUUUUUUUUUUCUUUUUUUUUUUUCCAGUGCACAGUUGUGUGCAUCCUUGAUGGAUGGUAGUCAUCUGUUCUUUCCCUUUGAUUCAAUUUUCAUUCCACUAUAUUUAUUUUUUUCCAAAAGGUGAAUAUAUGUCAACUCUGAAUCUGAAACCACCAAUGUUUGAUGUGAUGUGCUGGUGCCCAGUCUUUGUGCCAUCUGCUGACAUGGAGUUCCUAUUUAAAUGUAUGUUGGUGCCAGAAGGUGAACAGUCACAUUUUGUAGUCGUUCUCCUUCUAAAACAGGCUGAUGGCAAGAGGACAGUAAGGAAACCUCUUGAGGCCACACAGAUGGGCCCUUUCCUGGUUUGCCACGAUGUUUGGGAAGAUAAUCCCAGUACUGAAAGCACUUGGCAGCGCAAGUCGUGAAGGGUAAGACAUGGGGUUGGGUUGCUCAGUGGCAGAUGUUAGUGACUGUAUUCUUUGUUCAGGAAAAGGUUAAAUAUCUUGGAUGUACAGACCUGCUACACUGUUGCAGCUGUAGAAAGGAGAGACUUGUAAGUUGUUGAUUACAGUAAUCUGUAGGUGAUCAUUUUAAACAAUAUCUACAUUUUCUUUUUAAUGAAUGCUAUAUAAGCGACUUCCAUGUUCAGCUUCAAGUGGUUUUUGGUGUCACUUUUGGACAAUUGAGGUUUUUUUUAUAAAAUUUUCAAGAUCAGCAGCACCAGUUACCAUUCUUUAUCCUUUAAAUGAUUCCCUUUUUUUACUGAGCUGUUGCAUGAUUUAUCCUGUGUUACCAUCCUCAAUAAACACUUUAUGAAAUGGUGAAAA